AGAAGCUUUGAUUAAUUGCGUUCAGGUCAGUCAUCUGAUAAUUACAAAGACACCCAAACGUGUGUCUGGUUAAAGUUUCUUGUUUAGCUCUUGAAAUUUCAAAUGGUGGCCUCUCUAGCCUGGCGUGGAAACGUUAAAUAAUGCGUCAAAACAGCUGAAGAGUUCGUAACUAUGGAGAAAUUUUACAUCAACAUGCGAUACUGAGUGGAAGAGCAACAAAUCUCCAUCAAUGAGAAGAAGCUUGAUUCAAGCCGCACUCCUACAUUGGUCAGUUUUGAUCGGAGACGAUCCAUAGGUUUGCUGUUGAAUAAUUAUGUACAUGUAACUGCUGUACUGCAAAAACAAACUUGUAUAUCGGAAAGUGUCUACGGAAAGAAACAUUAUUAUUUGACUAAGCUAGCGUGUGUAUAAACUCUGUCGUGUCUACAAAUUUUAAUUUGCCUCUUGGGAGCAGUACUGAACGGAAAAUAAACGGCGGUAUCGACUUCAGCGUGAUCUUACAGAACAGUACGUGAGAAGAUUAUGCAAUGACAAGUGUUGUAUCUUUCACCUCAUUUAAAGAGUGUCUUGGAGAGGUAAGGAGUUACGCAAGAAACUCGUUAACAGUAAAUUAAUAGCAAUUGUACGAGCGUGAAACUUUGGCAACAAUCACGUAACUUAGAGCGGGUUUACCAUACUAAAACGUUCCCCUCAAUGAAGAAAUAACAGACGACCUAGCCUGGAGCCAGCAUUUGGAUAUCUGACCAACCUCACAACUCAGGCAGAUUACUGGAUGGUUGCACAGUUUGUGGGAGUUUACGUCGACGCUGAUCGAAAAUUAUAGCCGAUCUAUUACUGUUAAAGCAAUCACGUCCGCUAUUCAACUAUUUCCAAGGGUGUUAUCGAAGUUAGACGGAACCAGUAAUCACAGAUUUAACUGAGCCUCACACAUAAAGAAGUUGGCUUCAGUGUAAGUAGUAGCGUUACCAUGUACCAACAAUUCGUCACCUGUUAACUUUUGUCUGCAUACCACUAUCAAACGGCCAAACUCUAUCUUUUGAAGAAUUCUUUUACUGCAGCUACGCAAACUACUAAGGAAAAGGGGUCGUUAAUUAGUAAUCUAUAGCAGGCUAGAGGAGUGAAGAACGGAUUGCUCUUUUAGCAAGACAGCUCUUCAAAAAUUAAAUCUGGUCAUUGACAAGAGAUGUCAGAACUUGAAAGAGAAGAAAUCGACUCCUGUCAUUCAGAAGUCAAAAUGAUAGACGGAAGCCAGUCAUCAUUACAGACAGUUUUAGUCACAGUCAGCAUCGAGAAGCCCGCAGCUAAAAAUAUUAAACGAGUGCGUUUCAACAGCUUGGUCGAAGUCAAAUUUAUUCCUAAAUGCAAGAGUGAAAAAAAGAGAAAGGAAAAAUCGCAAAAAGAAGGCAAAGAAAAGACUGAGUGCUUCAAAGCUACCACAAAGAAAACAGAUCAUGAAACCCAGGCUCGUAGAAAAGAUGUUGAUGUUAAGGGUGAGUUGGACCUUUGUGCGCAGAAGGUUACCAUCGCAACAGAAACUUCUUCUAAGAUUGAAAUGAGGGACUCGUCCACGAUGAAAACUCCUCAAAGUUUUGAAGAAAACGCCGAGACGGGAUUAAAUCUAGACAAGAAACGAAGUGCUGCGACGGCGAAACGCGUGUUAAACCGGAAAACCACAAAUAAGAAGACAAAAGCUGGUAGAGGCUUGACUCGGCUGAAUGGCUGUGCUGUUAAAUCGCGAGUGACAGUUCGUGAGAGUUACGCAACAAAUAAAGUAACGCUCGGUGGUGAUUAUAACGGGAAAACUUUACGAUUAAGUCCAACUACUUUUUCAGUUGCAUCAAACAUUCAUUUUAGCGAGUCUCCAGCUCGGAAUACCAAGAGAAAGAACAUCCAAGAAUUUGGAUCCGACAGGGAACUUUGGCGAUUGGAAAAACAAACUGCGAAGUUUUGCGAGGAAGCUGCAGCACUGAUUGCUCAGGUGACAGAAAAUACCGCUGACUUGCAAUCACAUUUGAAAGUUCCACCAAAUACUGCCCACCUGGGUGGAAAUCACGGACAAACUUUUCCAACAGAACACAUCAAGGCUAGUUUUAGAAAACCAUCAAAUGUCCAAGAUCUUUCUCCGUUCGGGAAAACCGCUAGUCGAGAUAUAUUUAGCACAACAUGUAAGCCAGUCACCAGGUUGCCGUACAUUAAGCACAAGAAACAGCAGAGCAUCGAGGGGCUGCGCCAGAGGUCGUACUCUGAACUCUGCUUGCCUCAGUUCCUGUUGUAUGACGGGAAAACCACGAGGAGUUCACUUGAUGCAACGAAUGAUUCCAAAGGAGUUGGCACUGUUAAGAAAGCAUCUGGUAAAUUUGAGCUAUUGCCUAGCCCGGAAGAGGCCAGUAAUGGUAACAUUGUCAUCCACUAUUCGUAUGGAGCCACAAAGAAGCUGGAAUGCUGAUUUUAAGGAAUUAACCUGUGCGUCACCGACACAGCGGUCAAACGUUGGGCAUGCACGAGGGGAUGAAUUCUGGCCUACCGUGCGCGAAUUUCCCGCGCAAAACUUCCGUUAAAAAAAUAAGAAACAAACGUUAGCUCGCAAAAUAAGAAAAAGAAACUUGAAGUUUUGGUAUAAAUCUGCAAAAGGGAACAAAAAUAGGAAAAAAAACUCGAGAAUUUUCGAGAACAAAGCUUAUUUAACUACAGGUAUCCUGCUGAUUUACCAUUCUCUUUUGAGGUUUAUAAAAUUGGUUUUAACAGCCUGAAAGCACUUUAUCUAGACAUUUCAACGUUUGCAUAUGUGCAGAAGUUUGACCGCUGUGUUUACAUAGCGGACACAGCGGUAAAAUGGGUGCGUAUGCUCCGCCACUAGAGCGAUUUAAGGACCAAUAGAGCGUCUAGGGUUACCGUUAUGCCUCUUCUGAAAACAAGGCUGACGCGAGUUUUUCC